AUGACAUCAACAACUCAAGAUCCAUUUUAUUUAUAUUCAUCUCAAAAUCGUCGUUUAUAUCCCAUUUCUGAUUAUCCAAUCACUCAUUUACUUGAUCGCAUUAACAUACAUUGUCGUAUGCUAAAACAACCUAUAUAUAUCAAACGUUUCCUCUAUGCAUUCAUUUUUCUUUUAUUAUGGACUUUGUUCGAUACAUUUUUCUUUCGAUUACAUGCAAAAAUUUAUAAUGCGACCUUUGGACCUUUUCAUUUCAAUCAAAAACAAUUUGUAGAAUAUGUUAAUCAAUAUAAAAAUGAUCAGUCAUUCUUACCGCAAUUUGGAAGAAUUGAAUAUAUUCAAGUGGAAUUAAAUGAAGAUAAUAUUCAAAACUCAAUAGGUAAAUAUGAUACUAUUCGACGAUAUUCAAAUCCACGAACACGUGAUAAUCAUAUUGCUACAUAUAAAAAAAUUACACAUCCGUCAAUAUAUGUUAAAUUACCUACAAAUUCACAAAAACGUUUUCAUCUACAUCAUCCAAUUCAUUUUCAAUCAUAUUCAAUUCAAACAUUACAAUGUAUUGUAAGAAAUCUACCAUUCAAUUCAGCAUACACAUAUCGAACAUGGACUGAAAAAUCUGAAUAUAUUCAAUAUAUUAAUGAAGAAUAUGCAAAGAAUUCCACAGAAUUUAACAAAGCAGUAUUAACAAAAUGUGGAGUAUUAAUUGGAUUUCUCUAUCGACCUCGAUAUGAAAGAGGUUUUACUGGAAGAGGUGAACAUACAUUUACAUCGGAUGAUAUAGCAUUAAAUAUGACACAUAGUUAUUAUUUUUUCUAUUUAUUACUAUUUUUUGGUUUAAUAUUCAUUUGCCUAUGUCUUAUAUGUUUAAUUUAUUUCAUUCUUUAUUUAUCAAAUAUUAUCAAGUUCAAAGUUUUUCAUCCAUUUGGAAUAUGGUCACUCUCGUUGAAAUUAUCUCCAGAUGUCAUUGAAGAGCUUUAUCUAUUAAAUGUGUAUGGUUCUCCACAUGAACAAUUAUUAGAAUUGGAUAGACUUAUUAAGGAGAGUUCAAACAAAUAUGCUGAAAAGCUUGUAAUCAUUAGAAAUGCUUCUGAUGACUUAUUUGUUGUCUUAUUAAAAAUGAAUGAAAAUGAAGGAUUAGAUCUUACUGAUGAAUCAUCACCAUUUAUUGUUUGUCCUGCUACUGAUAUACGAAAAACGACACAUAAUAAUGGAAUUUGCUAUGGUAAAGAUUCAUCAUGGAUUCCAUGGCCAUGGCCAUGGCCAGUCAUAGUAACAGAGGAAAAUGAGUAUGCAAAUUGGCUACAUCAUCGACUAAUAGAAAUAAGUGAUGUUUAUAAACAACGACAUGAACAACGUCUUCGAUAUGAACCAAACAGCGAACCUCUGCAGGAUGGUACACAUCCAAUUUUGAGAUUGGGUACUAUUGAAUAUAGAAAUACUCGUCAACGACGUCCACAAGUAAAUACGACAGUUACACAUAACAGUCCUUUAUCAGCUUUAAUCCAUGAAGAAAACAAUAAUCAACGUUUCAAGAUUGAGAGACAAACCACUAUUGAAUACUUUAACAAUCUAUCGGCUUCUACUAGUCCAGCUACAGCUGAAUUUAUUGCUCGAUUUCGCUUGGAACAUGAACAUAAUCAUCAAGUUGUAAAUGAGGAUAUGAUGAAGGAACAAAAUACGUGUACAGUUUGUAUGGAAGAUCUGAAAAUCAAUCAGUUUUAUGCGCGCUGGCCAUGUUCUGAUGCGGUGCCUCACUUAUUUCAUUAUGAUUGUAUGUUGGAAUUAUUAAGAAUGAGAAAUACAUGUCCAAAUUGUAGAUAUGAAGUCGAAGAUACUCCAAUAGAGUGA